AUGCCCCUCCGUACCCGCUACCUAACCUGUUUCUACUGCGGCCGCCGCACCUCGACCCGCUGGGACCGCUCCAUCCGCCGCUUCGACUGCCCUUCCUGUGAAGCAACUAACUACCUUGAUGAAAACGGCGACAUCACCGAUCCCCCCGUCGCGACGGACACCGAAGCUACCCCGAAGCGUCUUGCAAUUGCGCGUCCCUCAUCCCCCAUGGGAAGCCCCACGAGCGAACGCAUCUUUUGCGACACCUGUCUUAAGAACCAACAUCUUCUGAGCGCGAGCUUGGCUCAAUACCUUCCCGACCCCGAUGAGCCAGACUAUGCCGAGCGCGAGGCGAGUUUAGCCGAGUUUCGUGCUGCGCAGGAGAGGUUGUAUCCACAGAUAUGUCCGGAGUGCGAGCCGAAGGUACGCGCUCGGCUGGGGAGGGCAGAGUACACUGCAAAAACGGAUGCGCUGCGGCGCAUGGUUGAUCGCAGCGCGGCUGUGCGAAAGGAGGUCAUGUCGCGAAGAUGGUUGGAGAUGCCGCAUGCGCUGGGAAAGAGGUUACGGGAGAUUGGGUUCGUCUUGCAGCUUGUGUGGCAUGCGGCCGUGAUGAAUGGGCUGUUGUUGGCGUAUCUUGUGUGGGCGGGCUUGGGGGAGGGGGUGUUUACGAUGAGGGUGUUACGGGUGUUUGCGCGGGUGUUGGGUUGGUUGCCUGCGCCGGAGAGGUUGCUGAGCUGGAGUGUGUGGUCAGGGGUGAUGGGGGUUUGGUGGAAUCCGCGGUUUGCGCAUACCAUGCAGGGGUUUACGAAGCCCGUGGAGGGUGUACCGAUGUGGUAUAUUUGUCAGGUUGUGGCGAUUGGGUUGCGGGUUUGGUUGCAGAGGCUGGAAUUGCUCGCUCUGGCGGACCCUUUCUUGAUUAACAAGCAGUUCUUAGUCCAUAUGGCUGCUGUACUAAUCGCCAUUCUCAUCUUCAUCCUCUCCCCACGCACAAUCCACCCCAGCAAAGCGCCCCUGUUCGGCAACACCAAACCUCGUCGUCCGAACAAACUGCAUAAAUCCCCCCCUCGCAGACGCGCCGGCACUCGCAAAGCCCAACCCCGCGGUGUCGACACCCGCCCCGACGAGCUCAAAUCUAUGGCCGAACUCCUCGACGAAAUUUCGCGCUCCCCCACCUCAACCAACAACCCCCCCAGCCCAGUCGAAAUGUCCCCCGCCAUCUCACGUACCCGGCCCCAGCCCCCCAUGGGCCACGCACACACCCUCGCCGCGCAGAACAUCACCGCUUCGCUGCAGAGGAUUGAUUCGCUGAAUAUUUCGCGUUCCUCUCCGGGGACGAACUCCUCCCCCUUUGUUAACGGGGAUUAUGGAUCGGGAAGCGACGAAAUGGACUGGACACCCACCCCAUCUACGUCAUUCAUUUCGCCCUAUCGGGCGUUUAAUACUCGUGAUCAGCGCCCUGCCCAGCCAUUUGGUGCGGCGCCGACAAAUCCAGACAGCGGCAAACCCUUCUGGUAUCGUGUCCCUCCUGCGCCGACGACACCCGCCCAAAGGGCAUUCAACCCCCCCAACCAGCCCCGGUUGCGGCCUAGCCCGAUAGAUAAGGAAGAGCAGGGAAAGAGGAUGAUAAGGUUUCGUGGGGCGGAUGGUACUGUGCUUGCGAGGGAUGUGAACGGAGGAGGUGAUAAUAAUAAGAAUGGAGAGGGGGAUGUGAAGUUUGCGGAGCCGAGUUUUUUCGCAGAGAAUGUGGUUCGACGGGAGGACCCGAGGGAUGGGCUGACAGGGUUGUUUGAAGGGUCAUUCAGAUUAGAAGAGAAGGAGGAGAAGUCAGGGGGGUGGUUGAGGAGGAUUGGGUGGGGGGGCGGGGAGAAGAGGGAGUAG